GGCCCACCUUCUUUUUUUUGGCAUGUAGGGCCCACCUUCUUUUCUGCAACCAUUGGCCCAAUGUUCGGCCCAACUAAUACAAUAUGAACCAAAAAUAAAAGUUUUAGUCAAAUAUGGUUAAAGUUAAACUAUUCAAAAAUUUUCGACACACUCAAAUUGACAUGCGUCACCUUCGUUACAACAAAAAUCCAUAAACAAACGGAAGACGCGGAGUAAUGCUCCAUUUUUUAUGCGAUUCAUGAAAUGCUCUCAUUUGCUUUCCCUUUUUCCUUUUUUGGUUAAAACGAUUAACGAAGAAAGGCCUCAGCAUUAUAUUAGCGUUGUUUAGUUCGUGGCUGAUGAUGAAGCAAUUAUUUAGCUGUAUUUAUAUAAAUCCAUGCAUGGUGAUGGGAGGAUUGUUCUUCAAAGACAAUCAAAAAGCGUGAAUAAAUAUAUAAAAAAUGGGAAAGGAAUACUAUAACGUUGUUGCAUUUUUCAUGGCCAUGAUGGUUUUCCUGAUAGUGGGCGCUAAUGCGGUAGACAAUUCUCUCAAGGCUCAACAAAACAGAUGCAACGACUACUGUUUCCGUGCUUGUGUUUUCCCUAGUAAAUUUUGCAGGUGGUGGUGCGGUGGCCGUUGCCAGAACCCUAUAGGAUUUGAUAGCUAUAAACUUACCGACCUCGACGAAGGAAAGGGUAGUUACCCUGUCCCAACUGAGGAGGACUACCGUAGGUAUUCUGAGACCCAUAAGUCAUGAGAGAAAUGAUUAACACUCAAAUAUGUUUGUAUCUACUAAUUAGUAGAUAGGAUCGAUGAGAUAUGUCUCAACAAGUAUUCCAUUUGACUUGUUCAUGUAAAUAUUCAUAUAUAUUUUGGCAGUCUAUAUUUUUUAAAAGAAAAUUACAUAAUAAGAGGUCUUUGCCGUUAUGAUGUAUUU